CCUCCCUGUAUGACCUGACGUACGCGGAUAACGGCUGCGCCUCGGGUCUACACCCGGGCACGGAAAGGGCAAGAGCUAUAAUCGGGGCUGUAGUCGUACUUAAAGCGGUUGCAAUGAUGUAAUAUUGCCCCUUUGAUGACUACGGAUGGCGGCGUGUGCCAGGCUCUGCGGAGUGGGACAGUCGCGGAGGUGCAGGCGGCGACAGCGGCACAGUCAGCAGGAUCAGGACAGCGAUUCUGAUAUGGACGAAGAAGAAGAAGAACGGAUCGUGUGCAGUACACAGGCGGAGGCUGCCGCUAGCCCUCCGGACACACGGCUCUCCGCAUCGGGGCCUGCUGCUGCUGUAGGUGACUUGGGCACCGUCUUCACCGGUGCGGACGCCGACAGACCCCGCGUUGGUAGCAGCGGCUCCGGCCGGCAGCCUAAUUCGCAGUCCUUGGUGGAGCUUCCGCCUGAGCUUCUUGUGGAGAUCUUCGGCUUGCUCCCCGGCACGGCGUUGCCCAACUUGGCACUAGUUUGCAAGAAAUUCAGACAGAUCCUUAAUACUGAAACUAUCUGGAGACGGCGAUGCAUGGAAGAAUUUGGCUUGAAGGGGGACCCGUGCAUGAUGGAGCAAGUGGGCGUGUCCAGUUGGGAGCUGUACACUAGACGUGUCCAACCGUCAGUGGCAUCCAGACGCUAUGUUAAAGUGCUUCCCGAUUGCGAGCGAGCAGACUAUCGGAAAUUAUACUCGCGCAUUCUGCACCCGUACAGACACGUCCUGGGCCUUUGGCAGCCAGACAUCGGCCCCUAUGGGGGGCUUCUCAACGUGGUGGUGGACGGCCUGUUCAUCAUCGGCUGGAUGUACCUGCCCCCGCACGACCCCCGCGUGGAGGACCCCAUGCGGCGACGCCCACUCUUCCGCAUCCGCAUGCUGGGGGAGGACAAGGCGGCCGUAGAGUGCAUGUAUGGACACCGAGGCCCUCACAGGGGAGACAUACAGACAGUGAAGAAGGAUGAGUUCUCCACCAAGUGCAACCAGACAGACCAUCAUCGCAUGCCGGGGGGGCGCCAGGAGGAGUUUCGCACUUGGCUGGAGGAGGAGUGGGGGCGGACACUGGAGGACAUCUUCCAUGAGCACAUGCAGGAGCUCAUCCUCAUGAAGUUCAUCUACACCAGCCAAUACGACAACUGCCUAACGUACCGGCGAAUCUACCUCCCGCCGCGGCAGCCCAGUGAUCUCCUGCAGCCUGGCCUCUUCAAGGGCACCUACGGCAGCCACGGCCUGGAGAUUGUCAUGCUCAGCUUCCACGGCCCAUGGGCCCGGGGAACCAAGCUCACUGGUGACCCCAAUGUGCCAGCUGGCCAGCUGACGCUAGAUGUGGACUUGAGCCGUCCGGUGCACCUUCCCGACCUGGAGUCCCAGUGGAGCAUGGAUGAACUGUCCCGGCUGGUGUUGGCAGUCCACGAGCAGGUGCUGCAUGAUUCUCCCUCUGACCCGUCCAGCCUGGAUGUGGAACUUGGGGCCGGUGGCAAAGAAGAGCAGAUGUCAGGUGCCUCAGCUCAGGGGUCAGAGGUCCCACCGGCCGGCGCGCCCCAAGAACGACAGAACUUCGUGCUGCCGCUUGGAGUCAUGGCCCGUAAUGAAGUGUACCCUCGAACCUGCAAGAUUUGUUUCUACGGCACAGGCCUGAUCGCAGGACAUGGCUUUACAAGUCCAGAGCGCACACCCGGCCUGUUCGUCCUGUUUGAUGAUGAUCGCUUCGGCUUCAUCUGGCUGGAGCUGAAGUCGUUCAGCCUCUACAGCCGCCUGACGGACAGCCUCCCUUACGCGCAGGCCCCUUCCAUGGAACGCUUCGAAGACAUGCUGCGCAGCAUGCAGUCCUGGACUUCCUGACCUCUGGCUAUAUCCCUUCACCACAUCCAAAGCAUGCAGACUCAUAGCUCCAUGAAAGCAUGCAGACCCUCACUCAUACCUGUCACCUCCCUUACAAUAAGAAGACAUCCGCUCAUUCAUCUCACAUGCCAGAGAAAAUGCAGACCAUUACUCAAUACCUGUUACCUCCCUGACAGUUUGAAGACUUCCGCUCAUGCAUAUCACCUCUAUAACAACAUGCACACCUCAGUGCAUACAGGUCUCCUCCAUAACAUCAUGUGGACUUCAGUGCAUACAGGUCUCCUCCAUAACAUCAUACAGACCUUGGUGCAUACAGGUCUCCUCCAUAACAUCAUGCAGACCUCAGUGCAUACAGGUCUCCUCCAUAACAUCAUGCACACCUCAGUGCAUACAGGUCUCCUUCAUAACAUCAUGUGGACUUCAGUGCAUACAGGUCUCCUCCAUAACAUCAUGUGGACUUCAGUGCAUACAGGUCUUCUCCAUAACAUCAUGCAGACCUUGGUUCAUGCAGGUCUCCUCCAUAACAUCAUGCAGACCUCAGUGCAUACAGGUCUCCUCCAUAACAUCAUGCAGACCUUGGUUCAUACAGGUCUCCUCCAAAACAUCAUGUGGACUUCAGUGCAUACAGGUCUCCUCCAUAACGUCAUGCAGACCUUGGUUCAUACAGGUCUCCUCCAUAACAUCAUGCAGACCUCAGUGCAUACAGGUCUCCUCCAUAACAUCAUGCAGACCUCGGUGCAUACAGGUCUCCUCCAUAACAUCAUGCAGACCUCGGUGCAUACAGGUCUCCUCCAUAACAUCAUGCAGACCUCGGUGCAUACAGGUCUCCUCCAUAACAUCAUGCAGACCUCGGUGCAUACAGGUCUCCUCCAUAAUAUGCAGACCUUCGUGCAUACAGGUCUCCUCCAUAACAUCAUGCAGACCUCAGUGCAUACAGGUCUCCUUCAUAACAUCAUGCAGACCUCGGUCCAUACAGGUCUCCUUCAUAACAUCAUGCAGACCUCAGUGCAUACAGGUCUCCUUCAUAACAUCAUGCAGACCUCGGUCCAUACAGGUCUCCUUCAUAACAUCAUGCAGACCUCAGUGCAUACAGGUCUCCUUCAUAACAUCAUGCAGACCUCAGUGCAUACAGGUCUCCUUCAUAACAUCAUGCAGACCUCAGUGCAUACAGGUCUCCUUCAUAACAUCAUGCAGGCCUCUGCUCAUUCAGGUCUCUUUCAUUUCCAUCAUGCAGACCUCUGCUCAUACGUUCCCUCUUUGAUAGCAUAUGUACCCACACACGUUUAUGUGGUCUGGACUGCUGUCCAAACCACAUUACCUCCAAAAGAGUAAAAAUGUCCAGCAAGAUUCUUUUAUUGCUUCCCUGCAAGUAUUUUAACAGUAAAUUGCCAAAAUCCCGGCAAAGAAUUCAAUGGCAUGUACCUCAAAUUUUUAACCAAGAUGUAUAAUUUGACCGUACUCCAGGAGUGAUAAGCUGAUAUUAUAAUGCUAUAACUAUAUCACUUAUACCAGUCUGCAAGUGCAGAAUUUCUAAUGUGCACCCAUAAACCAAUGGAUCUGAUGCGACUGUGAGCAAAUGAAGAGAUGAGGUGGUCUGCAAAUGGCCAUGUGCCCCCAUGAUUUUACUAACAACAUCAGUAACCGACGAGAGGGUGCCUGUUAAAAUUGGAUCGACGGAUAAACAGGCUUCCUUUCCGACUUCCUUCUCAGAAUUUUUUUAUCCUCUUCUUGGGAUUGACUUUUAAUUUACCGUUGCCAUUUUUUGCGACCCCCUUUGUUCUGAAAGCCUUACAUGCAGCUGUGCUCCAUCAGGCCAGGCGGAAGUGAACUCUCUGCUAAAGCAGCACUGUUUCUCUGCCAGAGAUUGGGAUCCUCUGUCCUCAGGUUCAGCAUCCUGUGAACUGACCCCCCCUCCUCGUUGCUCCUGUUCGUUGGACGGCCAAAGCUCCUCUCUAGCGGGGCUCUAGGACUCCGCUGUGAUCCCCGUGCAAACUGGCUUUAUAGAAAGCUUUGUCCUGCCCUGUAGCCAGCAUGGAGCUCGGGGCUAGUGAGGUCUGCAGCAGAUGCAGUCUGUGGGCUGGUCCUCUUUCUAAGUGCUGGCAGUCUGCUUUCAGCACUCCCUGCAUCUACCCCGGACACUGCAUCACAUCCCCGUUAGACAGAAGCACCGAAUUACAGUGUUAAUGACAGUGUUAAUGAGCGCAACAUGGGACAAAUCGGGCCUGCAGUGGAACACUAGCAAUGUGCCGAUUGUGCUUUUUAGGGGGGUAAAAACGCCAGCGGGGCAAAUGAAGCUUAUUUACUGACUUAUUAGGCGAGGUGUGUGUGGUGAUGCGUAGCUCAUGUGGUCAGGCCUCUGCUUUUUAGUUCUUCCGUCUCUAAGUGCACUUUUUACGUGGGGCACUGAAUGUCUCAUCAGAAUAACUCAAUUUAAUGGAUUAACCUUUUGUAUUUCGUCAAAUUAAGCAUGCAAAUGCUUAACAUUUAACAUUUACAAAACAAGACUUGGCAUGAAAAGCAAAUACAAUAAGACGAAUAUAUUGGUCCUAAAAGAUUCAUGUAACAACAUGUGAGCUCCAUUUUAAUCCGGCUUUGCUCAUUAUAUCUUUAUAAUCACUGUGCUUUUGCUGGAGGGUCACAAACUCCCACGUCACUCUUUUUCCAUCGUGUGUCUUUUUUAUUGUUAAACCCCUCCCUCUAGAUUUCAGGGACAUUAAAGCUUUACUUUUCUGUUCUCAAUAAAAAGCAGAAAUGCAACAA